AUCAUUCUGUUACUAAAACACCAUCCAUCCCAACUGAACCUUCCCCACGAAGCAUUAGAAUUUAGGGCUCGUCUCCUCCUCGAAACCUGAGUCCACCAUUCUAAAUUAACCCCAAUAUUCCUUUUAAUUCAACAAUUGACCCCAAUUUUACAUGAUUCAUACCACUGAUCUCUCUCUAUCUUUCUAAAAUCGCUUGAAUUCAAUGGAAGAAUCCUUUUCCAAUCCCGCCACCAGCCACUUCCUCGGCUCCGUUCCGGCUGUUGUUACCGAAGAUAAGAAAACCUCUAGCCCGGAAGUUCCUGCAAACUUGCAAAUAUUUCCUCCCAAUAGUCAAGGAUAUCAAACUCUUGUUGCUCCUAGUGAUGGAGGUGAACAACAACCAUCAAACAACUGGAAGGGGUUUUUCAGCAUCUCGUCUUACACGCAAUAUUUUAACGUAGACACGGACAUUGUGUUGAACAGAUUGAUAAGUUCUUUAUAUCCAACAAGUGGAGAUUUUGUCAGCAAAAUUGAUGCAAACCCAGACCUCUAUGGGCUUGUCUGGAUUUCUACAACGUUGGUUUUUGUGAUCGCAUCCCUUGGUAAUUGUGCCACCUACUUAAUGAGCAGAAGAAGUGACCCCAAUACAUCGUGGGCGUUUGACGUCAAUUAUUUAAAUGUUGCUGCGGGGUCUAUUUACGGAUACGCCCUCAUAGUUCCAUUGGGAUAUUACUUCUUGCUUCAGUAUUUGGGUUCAAACGUCAGCCUCGUACGCUUUUGGUGCCUGUGGGGAUAUUCCCUUUUCAUUUUCAUCCUGACUUCUUUUCUUUUGAUUAUUCCAAUCGAGUUUAUCAGAUGGAUUAUCAUAUUAAUCGGCGGUGCUGCAUCGGCCAGCUUUGUUGGUCUGAACCUCAGAUCGUACAUACAAAGCAAUGAUCUAAUGAUUGUGGCUAUCUCAGCAUUUGUGCUGCAAUUGGGAUUGUCGAUUUUUAUCAAGAUGUGGUUCUUUGCUUAGCUUGAUACUCAUGUGUGUUCUCAAAUGCCUGUGGUUUUAUUUUUUGAAGGCAAUUAUUGUAAAGAGAAGUCGAAGUUGUGGAUCGUUUAAAAUGGAAAUCGGAGUCUAAAAAGGACGAUGCUGAAUCUGAUUAACGAGUAGUUACAGAUGUCGGUUCGUGUUGUUUUUUUGAACUUGUUAUACAGGACUAGUUCAGCUGAUCAUGGAUUGAACAAUAUUGUAGAAUAUGAUUUUCUGUUUACUUCACUUUACUGUGUGUGUGUGUGUUAAUAUUUUUUUUUGUUUU